UGCUAAUCUAAUUUCGUACUUCUUAUCCAUAAUUUGUCUUCUGAAAACUAUAUAACUUAAAUCAUCGGCUCUUAGACACCAGGAAAACAAACACUUCAAAAAUGAGUGUAAAAUCAUCGUUACUGCAUUUGUUGGUGUUCUGCACAUAUAGCUAUGGAAUCUACCAUAAUGUUACGAAAUUGAGGCCUCCAUCCACUCCGACUUCGGAUUUUGCCUACCGACAGUAUGGGGGUCGUCUUAAGUUCUUAACCUUCCUGAAUGCUCUUCUACAAUGUGGCUUCUUUGGACUGUGUGUCCUGAACGACUUCAUAGGCUCAGAAUCACCAGUUUAUGCACGGAGAAGUUUGCUACAGAGGUUACGUGACUGGCUCUUCACAACUCUAGUAUUGCCUAUGGGAGUGUUUGUGUCUUGCAUAUUCUGGGCACUGUAUGCUGUUGAUCGUGAGCUCAUCUUUCCUGCAUCACUUGACUCAUGGUUCCCAGGGUGGUUGAACCAUAUUAUGCACACACUUCCAGCUAUUGGUGCCAUCGCAGAGUUAUACUCAGUGUGCCACUGUUUCCAAAAGGGAAUCAAGAUGUAUUAUCCUAUCCUAGUGGCAUACUUUCUCUAUCUGUCAUGGAUUUGCUACAUUGCUUAUGCAGCUGGUUUCUGGGUCUACCCUGUGUUUGAAGUCCUGGAUAUGAAAGGCAGAACCAUUUUCCUUGCUGCACUACUGUUGCCCAAUCUUCUCUUUGUUCAUUUAGGACCCAAACUGCAUAACAAGAUUUGGGGGUCCUCUACAAAGUCGCAAGGAAAGAGAAAGGGAAAGAAGGAAUGAAUACAAAGAUAUGGAAAGGGGAACAUUAUGUAUAAAAAGGUGUUUUUAGAAAUGGAGGUUUGUUUAAUACAGUGGUAAAUGUCCUAACAACAAUACUCAAGAAUGAUUAGAAACUAGAAUAUGGAUUGAAUGACUGAUUUAGUGGUUUAAAUAUUGUCUUAUGUUAUAUAUGUGUAUAUAUCUAUUCUUCAGAAUAUGAGUGAUUUUUAGAAGUUUUGAUAAAGACAAUAAAGUCAGCUAACUUGACAGAGAAUCCAUACCCCAUUUCCAUAGUUAAGUAGUUGAUAGAUUCAUAUCUCUGAUCACAGUUUUUGUUUUCUUACACAUAAGAAUCUUUGAAAUUGGGAACAUGAAAAAUAUAAAGAAUAAGGACCCCAGAGGUGAUUAAAAUUGGUGAACAUAUAUAACAAAGCAAGUAGAUUUUAUGGAACUGAUUAAACUCUAUAUAUAGACUCUAUACAAUCUAUACAUAGUUUAUGCAGGGGAGGUAAAACUUUACUGACAGAGUAAUCACCUGAUAAUUGUUGCACACCCCAGGCUGCUACACCUGGAUAGCAUUGCCAUUUCUAGACUUCUAUCUUUUCAUCUAGACUUUGUUAAAUGUCCCAUGAUUAUAGGCAUUAUAUGGAAAAUUUCUAUUGUGUAUGUUUUAUACAUGUUAUUAGCUAACAGUGGGACAAAUGUUAACCUACAGACACAUAUAUACUAAAAAAGAAUUCCCUUGAUCAAUACAGCCUUUUUCUAGAUGUGUUCUAUGUAUCACUUCAAGUCCCAAGUCAUUUCUAUGUGACUGUUUUGUUUGUGACACAGAAGUGGUGGUAUAAAAUUGAGAAGCAUGAUUGUCAACUGUUCUGAAGUUGCUGUUUUGGAGCUUUUAGCUACUUUGCUGUGGCACAGAUAGUGGCUUCUCCAAGGAUUUAGCAUAUGCUGACUUAGAUGAACAUGAGAUUUGCUUUGAAAAGAAUUAGGUCCGAUCCAAAAUGUUAGGUGAUUGUUGCCAGUUCUUUUAUCUGCUAAGCCAUUAAAGUCUACUAAAUUAUCUAUGUAUUGUGGGAAAUCAUGAAUAUAAAGGUAAAAGGAAUGUUCAAAGUUGAUGUUAAAAGUUCUAAAAUAUAUUACUAACAACCCAAUAUAGAAUUAUGUAACUGCUGACUGCACUUUUUGUUACUACCUCAAGUAUAAACUGUAGUCAUAUAUGUAGUAAGCUUUUUAUUGUUUUGGGUAUCUGGACAGGAGAGAUUUUUUUUUUAAUGUGUACAAGUUGAACUUGGAGGCCUUAGUGUUAUCUUGAAAACCAAAGUUGAAUCUGUGGUUGUGAGAUAGACAGCUUUAGAGUAACCAUCCUGCUUUUAUGGCUGUGGAAAUUACACUGUUGUUAUUUGUGAUGUGAUUGUCCUGUUAAAAGGUGCAACUUUUUUAUAGUUCAGAUUGUUUGUUGAUAUUGUAUUCACAACUUUAGUUUGUAUUGUUGUGUGAUUUAUUUCACGGUAGAUAUUGUCACCAUCACUGUGAAGUUGAACUUUUAAUGAUAUAUUGAGUUUAGGUCAGCAGAUGGUUAUACAAAUUAUAGAGCUCUUUAUAACUCAAAUUAUGCACAUACUAGAAUUUGGUAAUUAAAGAGAUUGAUAUUAUCUUUUGAAUGUUAUUGUGGAUGAUUGAUAUAAAUAUUUAUUGAUUCUUGCAAAUGACAACAUCAACGUUAGACAAUCUUACAAACUUUGUACACAUUUUGUAAAUAUAUCUUUGAAAAUAAUACUGUGUUUGUGGAGAGGAAGCAAAAACAUCUUUUACAGAUUUCUUCUUUCCUAAAUCUCGCCAUCAUACCAAACUGAUUUAAGAGAAAUAAAGAAAGAGAAAAUGGAAAUAUUAGCUGCACAAUUUUUAAGUAGUUUUCAACAUAUACUAGAUAUAUAGAUAUUAAGAGGGAUGUGAUUGUAGUUAGUAUAUGAUUGACAGUAUGAUUUUUUUUCUUUUCUUUUGUCUUAUUCUUUGACACAGAGACGAAUUAAGAAGCUGUAGAUAUAUGUAGAUUGUACAGGUCCUUGAUCUUGAUCCAAAGAGAAUGAAAUGAACCUUGCUUCUUUAUUAGUUGAAAGAUUUGCUUUAUUAGUUGAUAUAAACCUAUAGUUGUGUGAUUUUAUACAUGAUUAUAUUAAAUCAGUUAGCAUAGGAAAUGAGUAAAACAAGUAUUUGUAGAUUGAGAAUUUGGUAAUUUUCUUUUUUAUUAUUAUCCUUUAAAUAUCAGUUUGUAAGAUGAUUGUUCACUUCAGGAAUUAUUUUAGUUUUCUUUAAAAAAUUAAGAUGUUGAAGAAUUUAUUAGUUGCAGAUGUACAAUGAAUGCACUUAUCAUAAGAUUUGGUUUUGGCUUCAGGAAAUAUUUUAAAGCACAUUAUUUUUCCAAAGUAGAUGAACCCAGUCAACUACUUUAUCAUACAAGCAUAAUUUUAGUGUUCUUUAAAUGAAAACCCUUUUUGUGGGGUUUGGUUGAUUAUGCUAUGCAGAAGUGGUUUGAGAGAAUAUGUAAAAAAGUCAUAUCCCUUUCCCUUACUACUUCAGUUUUCUGAUUAGUAAAGCUUGAUUUGCUUUGACUUUACAGUUGCAAACCAUCAGGAAUACAUACAAAAUGGGUCAGAGAUCUGAUCCAGCAAGAACUGGUAGUAUUGUAAAAAAGCAAGGAUAGAUAGAUAAUGAUAAUAAUAUGCAUGAUAUUAGGAAUUGUAGGUAACUCAUAAUUGUCUCAGCUGUUCUUCUAAGCCAUAUUUUUUGUUUAUGAGAUAAUUCGGAUAAACAUUUUAUUGAGCCGUGCUUAUAUUUCACUUUUUUCGGGCAAAGGACAGUAAUCAGUGAAGUAUUGUUUUGUCCUUUUCCUUUAAAUUCCUGCCACAGUCUUUACAUAGAGGUGAUAUCUAUUCAUUCUCUUUAAGAGAAACCUGUGAUUUUGACUUUGAAAAAGGGCUGAAAGUAUAGAUAUUGGUCAUUUAUGAGUAAAAAAUACAUUUUUGAUUUACAGAAGGACUCAGCAUAUGGCAUUCACCUGUUAGUUUACAACUUUUCACUUUUUCCUUUAUAUUGGCAGGGGUAUAGCUAGUUCAAAGAGAAAAUUCAUCUUCCGGAAAUUUUGAGGUAACAGACAUGUCACUUUGUAGAAUAAUGUGAUUGAUAUAGUAAUAUUUCUUAGAAAUGGUUCUUUUAUAAAUCGUACAUGAUAUAAUGUAGCUAGUAGAUUUAGACUGAAUAAGUUUUCUAUUAAACCAGGGAAAUAUUUAAGAUACUAAAAUUGGUAAUCUAAUAAACCAAAGGCAAGGUAUCAAGGGUUCAAAAUAAUGUUUAUUAGUAAUGAUAUCAGGUUUAAAGGUCUAAAUUGAAAUAUUUGAAAGCAAUGGUAUUUUUUCCUGUAGUCCAAAACAUAACUUUGGUCUUCCUGAAAGGCAGAAGACAGAAGUAUGAUAUUGUCAUAAAAACAAAGGAAAGGAGAUAACUUUCUUGAAUAAUACAGAAGAUGCCCAUAUGUUUAUCUGUGAUUUAGAUUUUUCAGAUAUCAACAGCAGCAAAAACAUGCUCUAAGAAUCUAAAUUUUCUCAAAUUGAAGGAUGUGAAUGGGAGUUGUAAUGAUUUACAGUCUGAAGAUCUUUUUUAGUUCCUGUAUGUGCUGAAUAUUUUCUUAAACAAGUAAUAGAUAAAAGUUAUAAGUUUUCACCUACUAAGCUGACAAAUUUGUCUAUUUUUAACUAAAGAUGGAUAUAACAAUUCUUGCAUUCUUUCAUUUUGUUCGUGUUCAUAGACUUGCAACACACUUCUUCAAACAAACAAGAUUAAUAAACUCGAGUUUAGGCUUUGGACUUAAACCUUAAUGAUAUACAGCAUAUAAUGGCCGUUAGCCCUGUGAAGAGAACUUUGUCUUGCUGCACAGAGGCAUUAAAAUAUUUUUUCCUUUCUGUCUGACAAUAGCUGCAGCAUAUAUACUGAAGAUAUGUCAACCAAUAUGAGGCAAAAAAGAGACUUUUAAACCUGCUUUGGAAGGCUGUACCUUCUCACUGACUGCGGUUGGCCAAACAAGCUAGCUACUGUUUAACAUCUAAACAUAGAGCAAGCUGAACCAUGCAUGGCCUGGAAUACUUGCCACCUAUCAUGGCAAAAAUAGAUGCAACCAGCAUGAAUGAUAUGUCAUAUGUAGUAAAUAAUUAUAAAACAGAAAAGAGUAUAUCUAUCUUUGUAAGGAAUAGUUAAGUGAGAAAGACUAUUCUCAUUCUUUAUACUUUUACAAAUAUAUAACACAAAAUAAAUGAUUUUUAUGUUGAUUGUAAUUAUGCCUGAGGGAGAUGGAGAUAAUUGUAAUGCAUAAAAAGAUUGCAUCAGAAAUUGAAUUUUUGGCAAUUUUCUUGAAGAUGAAUGGAAUAUAAAUAACAAUGUCCUAACAGAUAUUUAAAUGAUAAAAAAAUGACAACUAA